CGCCGAAUCCGUAACAGAGAAGAAAGCCAUUAAUUUCCCACCUCUAGUUUUUCACAAUCCUCAUCCUUCCAGCCCUGUCUCUGAAUCCCAAUAAUGGAGAUCAACCCUGCAAUCUUCUCGCCUAUCAGUGAAAGUCCUGAUAAUUGCAGAGAUAGUAGCGGCAGUGCGUGUUAUUAUCUUUAAUAUGUCUCCGCCGCAGCCCAUUCACAACCCACAAUCACAUACGUUUCUUCCUCCUCGCAAGCCUACAACUCUUUCUGAUCUCAUCCUCUCCGCCGUCUCGCUCCUCUUCGUCUUCUCUUCCAAAUCCUCAUCGACUGGUUGCAGCAGAACUCACUUCCCCAAAUCCCCGUUUCCCCCACUUCAGUACAAUCCGCGGAGAUUCCUCAGAGUCCUGUCCAUGUCGCAGCAGCCCGCCACGGUAAAUCCUCGCUGCCGUCACCGAUUUGCCAACCCUCAAUCCCUCUCCGACUGGCUCAAGCCUCGGCUACCCUCUGACUCGUUUGCUUCAUGGGGCGUCAAACCCGGCACCAAGAACGUCCACAAUCUUUGGCUCGAGCUCUCCCAAGGAGAGGUUUCUCUCGCCGACUCCCACCCUCCGAUUCGCACCGUCAAUGUCGUUUCUGUACGGAUUAUCGGCAAGGACAAUCGGGUACUCGUGGAAUCUCACCAGGAAUUAUCCGAUGGUAGUGUCAGGUACCGGUCUCGACCCUUGUCGGAGAAAAUGAAGCCCGAUGAGAUCCCAGAAGAGGCUGCUUUCAGGGCGGUUAAGGAAGAGCUUGGCUCCGUGUUGAAAGCUUCAGUUGGUGACGAUGAUAUCCGCGGCGUUGUGAGGAUUGUGCCGGGUUCUUAUUACUGCAGGAUUGAGGAGAGAAAUUCGGUGUCGUAUCCGGGAUUGCCGGCGCGGUAUGUGCUGCAUUCUAUAGAUGCUAGCGUGGAUGGGUUGCCGGAAGAGGAGUUUUGCACGGAAGAGGAAGAGGAGUAUAUGGAAUCAGAGGAAACAAAGGCUGCGGAUAAAGCAAUAUCAGUAAAGAGACAUCACUGGAAAUGGGUAAAUUCUGAUUCAAUUCAAUCUUGAUUUUAUCUAAAUUUGUGUUUGAUCAAUUUUGGGUAGGAUUUUUAUUGAGGAGAUGCCAAUGUUUUUGGUUGAGCGGCUGAAGAAUCAUAUACUGAUUAUAAUACAGGAACAUAUUGAUUAUAGAAGAUAUUGAUUCACUUAUGCCA